CAAAUCUUAUCCAUAGCAGAAGGAGUGAAGCUAAGCAAUAUGCACACUAAUAAGUCCCACUUGUAAGUACUUGUUGGCCAUUAAAGGCAAAAAACACCACUAAAUCAAACAUGGCCACAAGUUGUUCCUACAUGGUUUCUACCAAAUUAUCCAUACUAGGUUGGACAGGAGGAAGAAGAAAAGAAGUAAGAAACAGAACUCCAUUUUUCAUAUCAGCUCAACAACAAUCUGAUGUUAAGGAAACAGAUGGUGUGAAAGUAGGAGAAGAGAAAGAAAUACCACAAAAUCAACAAAUUAAUCCAAAAGGAACAAAACCAAGGCCAGUUGAACCUCAGGUGAUUGUAAAAGAUCAAGGCAUGACCAGGGAAUACGGAGGACAGUGGUUGAGUUGUGCCACGCGACAUGUGAGGAUCUAUGCAGCUUAUAUUGAUCCAGAAACUAGUGCUUUUGAUCAAACUCAGAUGGAUAAACUUACUCUUAUUCUUGAUCCUACUGAUGAGUUUGUGUGGAAUCCUGAUACUUGCAACUUGGUUUAUUCUUACUUUCAGGAGCUUGUGGAUCACUAUGAGGGUGCUCCAUUGAAUGAAUACACACUUCGCUUGAUUGGUUCAGACAUAGAGCAUUAUAUAAGAAAGUUGUUAUAUGAUGGAGUAAUCAAGUAUAAUAUGAAUGCAAGGGUUCUGAAUUUCAGCAUGGGGAAGCCACGGAUCAUGUUCAACAACAAUGAUAUCCAACCUGAAGAUGCAAGUACUUGAGAAAUAAUUUGUGAAACACACCAAGAAAAGUGAGCAAAUCAUUGAUGUUUUUUGUGUAUGAUGAAUCAGUCAGAUAUGUUAUUACAAUUACUAGUUCUUUAAUUUGUAAAUCAUCAAAGAUAGAAUAAAAAUCUCUUGUCCAAUAUCA